UAAUAAACGAGUAAUUAUUACUAACUAGUUUCAUUGCGUAUAAAAUACGUAUAAGGGCAAGUGUCGUAAUUCUACGGUUCUUAUAAGGGUGAUCCUGUAAAUGAGCAUACUCCACCGUUGCACGGCCGGGUGUCGACGACGCAUAAUUGCCUUUCUCUUCUCCGUUAGCUACUUUCCCAACUUCCGCAAUCGCGCGAGUUGGCCACCGCGUGAGAGACAGAAGAUCGGAGUUACGGCACCGCCUAGUUUCCCCACGAAAUUCUUCAUCUGCUUUGCGAAGCUCCAAGAGCAGGUCCAGCACCCAAUCAGCGCGGCGGCUUGCCCGAAGCUGUUACUGGAAAGGAUUCAAUUAGGGUUUUUUUUCAUGAUCGGAUUCUUCUGCAAUACUCCCGGCUCACUCCAGUUAAGCAGACGGACGAGCUUUCGUUGCCCUAGUUUGUUCCUCUUGCUCCGAAGUUAAAUAAUCGGAGAGAUGGAUUUCGAUGCUCACGGCGGCAAUAAAGGCGUCUUCCACCGGCUAAGCGCCGGCGGAGGAGGACCGCGGGGGAACCACAACGAUUCCAACAAGAACCAGAGAGUCUGCUUUCAUUGGCGGGCGGGCAAGUGCAACCGCUUCCCCUGCCCAUUCCUCCACCGGGAAUUGCCCCCGCCGAACUCCGCUGCCACUGCUUCUAACGGCAGCCAUCCGGCCAAGCGCGGGUUCUCUACCGAUUCCGGGUUUUCGGGACCUCCCCCAACUCGGAGGGCCCCGAACUUCAAUAGUUCGUCGACUUGGGGGCGGACUGGGAAUAAUAGAGUGGUCAAGAAGACGGAUAAACUGUGUAAUUAUUGGAUACAAGGGAGCUGUACUUUCGGGGAGGGCUGCAGAUAUUUACAUAGUUGGAGUUUAGGCGAUAGUUUCUCUUUGUUGACGCAACUUGAAGGAGGGCAUCAAAAGGUUGUCAGUGGGAUUGCUUUGCCAUCUGGGUCUGAUAAGCUUUACACGGGGAGCCAAGAUGAAACUGUCAGGCUUUGGGAUUGCCAAUCCGGCCAGUGCAUGGGAGUUAUUAAUCUGGGUGGUGAAGUGGGUUGUAUGAUCACAGAAGGUCCAUGGAUAUUUGUCGGUAUCCCGAAUCUUGUGAAGGCAUGGAACUUACAGACCAACGCUGACUUAAGUCUUAGCGGGCCAGUUGGACAAGUUUAUGCUAUGGUUGUGGGUAGUGACUUGCUAUUUGCUGGCACCCAGUGCAGGAUUCAGCAAUCUUGGCGUGGAGAUACAAUGCAGCCACAAGCAUCUUUGAGCCUGCUGCAUCACUUAAGGGUCAUUCCUUAGCUGUUGUCUCAUUAGUUGUUGGAGCUAACAGACUGUUCUCUGGUUCUAUGGAUAAUUCUAUAAAGGUCUGGAACCUUGAAAAUUUGCAGUGCGUACAAACCUUGACAGGGCAUACUUCAGUGGUCAUGUCUGUUCUUUGCUGGGAUCAGUUUCUUUUAUCAAGUUCAUUAGAUAAGACAAUCAAGGUCUGGGCCGCCACAGAAAGAGGGGAUCUGGAAGUAACGUUCACACAUCAAGAAGAACAUGGACUCCUUAAGCUAUGUGGAAUGCAUGAUUUGGAAGGCAAGCCAUUGUUGUUAUGCUCUUGUAAUGACAACUCAGUCCGGAUAUAUGACUUGCCAUCGUUUUCGGAGAGGGGCAAAAUUUUCUCCAAGCAGGAGAUUCGAGCAAUUCAGGCAGGUCCUGGUGGCCUCUUCUUCACCGGGGAUGGAACCGGCCAAGUGAGAGUGUGGAAUUGUAAAGCUGAACAACAACCUACUGCGGCGACUUGAUGAAGAAUCAGCCUUAUGUGUUCUCCAGUGUCAUCGUAUAUUAUUCUUCAUCACUUGAGCUUAUUUUUUUCCACCUUUUUUGGUAAUAAUGAGUAGUAGAAGAAAGUGGAUUGUAGAAACAUCAUUUUUCUUAUAUCUUUUUGGUAUUCUUAGUAGAGCAUUACACAGCCAUGAUAGUCAUUGUUGAGUGAGGCUUUUCUGUAACGAUGAAGAUGAAAGAAAGAACAAAGAAGAAGAACGGUUGAAUCCAUAUGUAGUUUAGCCACUUUUUAACUUUUCUUUCUGGUUGACUCAAUUUGUACGAAUAAGCUGAAUGAAGGGUUGAUUUGAUUUCUCGAGAACUUCAAUUGAUACAAGGAAGAAGAGGCAGAAUGGGGAACUGAUAAGCGGUAAAAUAUUCUCAUGCUCGUACUUCGAAAUAUAUGAACCCG